AUGCGCUCCCCGAUCCUCUCCCUCCCCCUCUUCCUCCUCUUCCCUAUCUUCCACCUCGCUCUCCACCCCGCCGCCGGCUCUCCGCCCCAACCGCACGGUCAUCAGCCCAGCAACCUCCUAGCGCGGUGGUCUCUUCAAUUUACAGAUCAUCACCCGCACAUACAUCCCGCUCGGCAGAUUAUGGAGUCGUUCCCUCCAUCGGUGGACGAGCCAGGCGUAGACCCACCGCCGCCUCCGGAACCGGAACAGGAUCCAGCCCCCGUCGAAGCGCCCACAGAAGCGGCACCAGAACCUCAACCGGAGGUCGUCCCACCACCUCCUGCUGAGCCGGUCGCGGACCCUCCGGCGACGCCAGGGAUCGUCGAGGCUUUCCCGCCCUCUACGGACCCAGAGCCAGAGCCGGAACCGGAACCGGAACCUCUACCAGCUCCAUUGCCCGCGCCUGAGCCCGUACCAGAGCCAGAGCCAGUCAAGGCGCCUGAGGUCGUCCCAGAGCCGGUCGUCGAGCCUCCUCCGGCACCAGAACCCACACCUGAGCCCGUACCGGAACCGGAACCGCCCAAGGUCGAGCCGCCGCCGCCCGUAGUAGAGCCAGAACCCGUCGUCCCCGUUCCCGAACCGGUCCCUACCCCUAUCGUCGAGCCAGAGCCGGAGCCUCUGCCCAUCCAUACGCCAGAACCAGAACCGGCGCCACUCCCCACUCCUUCGCCUGAGCCCGUACCGGAACCGGAACCGGAUCCUACUCCUGAGCCAGUCGUACCGGUCGUCGAGCCCAUACCUACCCCUGAGCCGGAGCCAGAACCUCUGCCUACCCCUACUCCUACCCCAGAACUCCCGCCUCCCCCACUUCCCACGCCUGAGCCGGAACCUGAACCUGUUCUACCCACGAUACCGGUCCCGGAGCCGUCCCCACCAAAGGUUGAGCCGUCUCCACCACCACUGCCAGAGCCUACGCCCGAGCCAACACCGGAGCCAGUACCGGAACCAGAGCCAACCCUCCCACCUCCUCCCGAGCCGGAGCCUACACCAUCCCCGACCCCCACUCUCGAACCUGAGCCCGAGCCCACGCCCACCCCUACUCCAUCACCAGAGCCCUCCCCCGAGCCACUGCCGGAACCUUCCCCAUCUCCCUCACCACCACCGCCACCGCCACCUCCUCCGCCCCCGCCUCCGCCUCCUCCCAAACAUGUCCCCAUGGGCGCCGCAGCGGUCGACCCAUCUACACCACAAGACGCAUUCCGGUAUUCCCCCGCCGCCUUCUCUGCGUGUAUGGGAACCAAUAUCACCCGGGUCGUCAUCAGUCCUUGUGAAGGCGGGAGUGGGGGCGCUGGGGAUUCUUGUGUCUUUACGGCCGGAAGGACAUACAACAUCAUCAUCACCUUCACACCGCACAUGGACGUCGCUUCCCCCACUUCGGCACUGAUAGCAAUGAACCGCGGUGCAAAAGGUGGAUACUCGGGUCAGAGUCAUGAUGCGUGCACGUAUACAGACUGCCCGAUCUGGAAAGGCGUCGAGGCGGACUAUGUGUACCCUUUCCAUACGUUCUAUGGGCCCGCCUUCGAUCGGCUGAUCUUCACCGGAACAGAGGGGAGUGUGGGUGCUCCCUUCCUCUGCGCGGAUCUAGCCGUCAAUUUCAAAACAGCGCCAAUGCCAUUCUUGAUAUACAAACCGAAUGAAACUCUUGGGACUUUUGGGGAUGAGUAG